AUGAAGUUCACCACCGAGGUCACCCUCCUUACCCUGGCUGCCGGCGCCUUCGCCGAGAUGCCCACAAGGGUGCAGCGCGACGUUCCCUCCGUAGUCGAGCGCGACCUGGCCACCAUCUCCGGUGUCAUCCAGCAGGUCGACAACCAGCUCAAGUCCCUCAACACGGCCGUCCAGGGCUUCAACGGCGACAUCAACGGCCUGGCCACGGCGGCCGGCAGCCUCGUCAGCACCCUGCAGCAGGGCACAACGCAGGUCGACGCCACGAGCGAGAUCACUCUCAACGAGGCCCUCAACCUUCAGCAGUUCGUCUCGGGCCUGCAGUCCGACGGCAACGCCCUCAUCAAGGGCCUCAACGACAAGAAGCCCGAGUUCGAGAAGGCCAACCUUUGCAACGUCAUCGUCACACAGAUUGACCAGACCGGCACCAGCGCGCAGAAGCUCAUUGAUGCCGUUGUCAAGAAGGUGCCGCAGAGCGUUCAGUCCGUCGCCAGCCAGCUUGCCGGUUCCUUCGCUAAGUCUCUGAGCGACUCCAAGGACAACUUCUCCCCUGGCAAGUGCAACAACGCCAACGGCAUGGGUGGUGGCAUGCCCAGCAACGGCACCAUGAACGGCCCCAAGACAUCUUCUCCUGCCAAGGCCGGCGCCAGCGCUGUUUCCAUCAGCAUCGGUGCCAUCGCCGCGGCGGCAUUCGCUACACUGUUGCUGUAA